UGGUGGUGGAGGUGUUUUGGAGUAAAGACAAGAACGCGGAGGGGAAAACUACUGUGGCCACCUCGCAACUUUUCGGGCCACAAAAACCCUCUACAGCCCGAAAAACCAUAAUGAAAUAUACUUCCAGGUUUGGUCAGGAGACGUAGAGGUUGACCCUAAAGUUACUUUUUGAAACUGGAGCUGCUUCCUUGUUCGACAACGGGGUGAAAUAUCUCAACAUCCUCACAAAGAAACUUUGCUUGCUAGGCUGCUAACUCGCACACAAGCCAGAAAAAAAGCAUGAUCACCGCCGAGGAUCACUUUAUCUCAGGCUGUUAGUAACAUCUCAUCUGUCGAGUUAAGUGCAGCUGGUGGAUGUGUCAACCUGGAAAUUAUAUUUAAAUGACUUAAGGCCGACUUUUGUAACGGUUUUCUAGUUCUGGUCAUCAUCACCAGUGGAGGAAGGGUUGCAGCUGGUGAUUUAGCCACCAGUGUUUCCACAGAGCGCCCCCAAUCUCCACCUGAUAUCCACUGCUUUUUUCAGCCACAUAGUCCCAGAUUUGUUUCUGGAAAGAUGUUUGGUCCAUGUGGAGUGGGACAGAUCCGGGGGGUUACUCUGGGUCCACAGCCCCUCAAGGCUACUAUUCCCUAUCAGCUGUCCAGCAAGCCGAGAUCACACCGGAGAGAUGGAAAGACAGCUGGAAAGCCCAAAUCGCACCAGCUGAGCUCUGGCAUGAGGCGGACGAUGUCUCUGGACGCCAUCAUCGGGCCGUACCUACAGGGACACUGGCCCAAAGAACCAGAGGGACCGAGCAGCCCGUCUCGCAAGGACAAGUCCACCCAGACCCCAGACUCAUGGUCUGAUAAAUCCCAGAGCAGAAGAAGCAGCAGCAGCCACAAACGAUCGGCAUCGUGGGGCAGCGCUGAGCAUCUGCGAGAGAUCUCUAAACUAAAACAACAGCUGCAGCAGCGCAGCAAACCUGCCGUCUCUGGUGGGCACGACAAAGACCGCCAGUGUGGAUACCCUCAGGGGAGCUGUAGCUUAGGAACUACUCGGACUCAGCCCAUCCCCAUCCCCCUGGCCCCCCUGUGUACUCUGGUCCCCCGGCUGCGCUGCAGUGUGGAGGGACUCAACCAGGAGCUGGAGGGCAUGUUCAUCUGCCAGCCAGCACACCCUCAGCACAGGCUCCUGGAGGUUCCAGACGGCCACCGGGCUCCGGUUCCUCCGCAGAGCUGCAGCAGUGGAUCUCAGAGUGACCCCGCCACUACACCCUUGUCCUCCUCACCCAGUUCCUCUCCCACAAACUUCUACAAUUCCCCACCGGACCCUGAAGAUGCACCUCUGGAUGUGCAACAAGGUCUGACAGACGGAGCAGAGAUGUGCCUCCUGUCUCCGUUUUCCUCCCAGAACGAGGCCGACCUCUCGUCCUCCCCGGGGCCCAACAAGAGCUGCUGCUUCCAGAGGGAGCCGCCAGAGGGCUGCGAGAGGGUCAAAGUCUGGGAGGAAAGCAGCUCUCCACGCCAACCCAUGCCCGCCCUCCUCUCCUCCUGCCCGGACCCCAACAAGGUGAACUUCACCCCCUAUGGGGGCUCCGCCUUCUGCCCCGUCAGCCUCCUGAGGCCGCUGCUCCCCUCCAUGGACAUGUUGUUCCGCAGCCUGGCCGUCUCCCCUGCAGGCUCCUGCUCCAGCCAGGGGAUGGGUCAGGCUCUCCCAGACCCCCCCAGCACCUCCCCCGCUGUGGUGGGAGAGAGCUCUGGGGAGGGUCUCGCCUUCUGAGCAGCUGCAGAUCUUUUUCUGCGGAAAUUAUAAUGCGUAAUGCAAAUAUUUGCUUUAUUUUAGGAAAGGACCAUUCCAUAUCUAUACAGGUUUAAAAUAAUCUUAUAUUGAGAAAAAAAUUAUAAUAUUGAAAAAAAUAUAUUCUAUGCAAUCCAAUGGAUUUGCUUUAUGAGCGACUUGUUCUUUUUGGUGUCCGGGCAUUAUGAUAUUUCUAAAUUAAGGCAUUUCUGUCACUUCAAAGAUAUAUUUUUGGCCAAACACACAAGUGUGAGAGACAGGGCAGACCUCUGUUGGAUGACUGGCCCCCUAACUUCACAUGAUUUUAUGUUUCCCCAAAGAAAGCCAUGACACAAAUUUAUAUUAUUAUACUGGUUUUUAAACUGCAGUGCGUCAUCUCUCCAGUCGAGUCAGAAACACCCUGUGCGGAUCAGUUUGCUUGUUUUUAAGUAUUCAAAGAUAUUUAUCUAGAAUUCUUCUUACCUAACGUUACGUUGCACCUGUUGCUGGUGUACAAAGCACGACAAAUCAGUUGGGUACUUUUUUUAUUUUCCUAAAAAGAAAAGAAAAAUGUAGAUUAUUGUAGACUGAAGGGAAUUUUCCAGUUGUUGGACUUUGGUAGAUUCAAUACCUAAAUGCUUCAGCUCAUGCAUUCCUGCUUUAAAAGAUGUUUAUUUUUGUUGUCAUAUUGUUUACGUGCAGAGAACAGCACAAGUUAAUGGAUGAAAAACCCUGUUAUUCCUUGAUGUUAUAGAUGUGUGCUGUUUAUAGAUAUAAGGUUUCGCAGCCUAGUUGACUACCUAACCAGUUUUAGUGGUGUAGAUUUGUCAUCUGUAAUUCUCUGAAGACGUUCUUCUUCUGCCAAUCUGACAAGUUGAUGUUCAAAUAGUUUUAUUUCUGGUAGACAUGUUUGCACAAAUUGAAAUGCUACUUUUGAGUCGCAAUUCUUAUUUUUAUAUUCACUUUUGUACUUUAAGAGUAGUAAUGUGUAAUUUCUACAUCCUUUUCCAAUUACCUGCAGCAUAAGCUAAAAAAAAACCUCUUACGUUUUGUUCUGUCAGUAUAAUUGAGGCAGGUGUUACAUGGUAUACUGUAUCGGGUGGAUUUUUAUGCAUUUCAGCAGAGGGUUUUUAUGUGGAGACGUUUGUUCCAUACCUUAAUCCUGACCGGAGUUUUGUAUGUGUGUGUGUGUGUGUGUGUGCACGUGGAUUGAAAGUUAAUAGUCGGAUUGUUUGACUUCUAGUUUUAGUGUCCAGGUGAAAUGCUGUUGGAUUGAAACAUUGUAUGUUCCAAAUAAGCCUCAAUUUCAAUGUUUUAUGAAGCGGUGUCGAUGCUGGGGACGUUCUGUUAUCUCAGGUUCUGUGUUCUGUCCACAUAAAUAUAUAAUUGAUAA